AUGGCGGGCGGAAAACUGACCGAGGUGGACCACGUCUCGCUAGACCACGAGCACCGAGCCGGCGAUGUCGAAGACCUUCCCAAGCCCUCGGUCGAGGCUGAGAGGCGGGGGUUGCAGCCGCCGCCCAUUGUGGCGGCCAUGACGUCCGAAUACCGCUUCGAGCUGGAAAGGAAGCUGAAGCGCAAGAUCGAUCUGAGAUUGCUCCCGAUGAUUGUCAUUAUGUAUAUCCUCAACUACAUCGACAGAAACAACAUUGCGGCCGCGCGCCUGGCUGGUUUGGAGCGCGAUCUCAAGCUGGACCCUAACUCCAACCAGUUCCAGACGGCGGUGAGCAUCUUGUUUGUCGGCUACCUGCUCAUGCAGGUGCCAUCGAAUCUGUUCCUCAACAAGAUCGGCAAGCCCGCACUAUACCUGCCCACAUGUAUGAUUGUCUGGGGAGUCAUCUCCGCCGCUACUGCGGCAUGCCGCAACUACGCCGGCCUCCUCGUCAUCCGCUUCGUCCUCGGCUUUGUCGAGGCCGCCUACUUCCCCGGCUGCCUCUACUACUUGAGUUGCUGGUACACGCGCGAGGAGCUCGGCCUGCGCACGACGAUCCUGUACACGGGAUCCCUCAUCUCGGGGGCCUUUUCCGGGUUGAUCUCUGCCGGCAUCACGGGCAACAUGGACGGCGCGCGCGGGCUGGGCGCGUGGCAGUGGUUGUUCCUGAUCGAGGGCGUGGUGACGGUUGGCGUCGCCUUUGUGGCCUACUUUGUGCUGCCCAACUUCCCGCGGACGACGUCCUGGCUGAGCGAGGAGGAGACUGCGCUGGCGGUCUGGAGGCUCGAAGAGGACAUUGGAGAGGACGACUGGAAGAGCAGCGGGGAGCAGACUUUCUGGCACGGCUUCAAGACGGCGCUGGAGGACGUCAAAACCUGGAUCUUGCUCGUCCUCGUCUUCAGCAUCGUCGCCUCGGGCUCCAUCACAAACUUCUUCCCCACCGUCGUGGCGACCCUGGGCUACAACUCGGUCGUCUCCCUCCUUCUGACCUGCCCGCCUUACGUCCUCUGCGUCAUCACGACCUGCCUCAACGCCUGGCACGCCGACCGUACGGGCGAGCGGUACCUGCACAUCGUCGUGCCCCUCUGCGUCGCCAUGGCGGCCUUCAUCCUCGGCGCCGCCACCCACGCCGUCGCGCCGCGGUACGUCUCGAUGAUGCUCAUGGUGCCGGGCAUAUACACGGGCUACACGACAGCGCUUGCCUGGAUCAGCAACUCGCUGCCGCGCCCGCCCGCCAAGAGGGCCGCGGCGCUGGCGUUCAUCAACGCGGUCAGCAAUUGCAGCAGCAUCUACGCGAGCUAUCUGUAUCCCAAGAGCGACGGGCCGCAGUACACGGCGGCCUUCAUACACAACUGUGUCGCGUGCUUCGUGGCCAUCUGCGCGGCGACGGUGUUGAGGUUCGUGUUGGUGAGGCUGAACCGGAAGCUGGAGAGGGGCGAGUUCGUCGAGGGGGCCAUCAACGCCGCGCCGGGCGAGGCGGCGGCGCAUGGGUUCCGGUUCAAGGUGUGA